AUGCAAUCUCAAGUUGAAAAUCAGCGAUCAACACAAUGGGUCAAUCUUCUUGUUGAUUUUCAUGUUUAUAUAAUACAAAAACGAAUUUGGAAAAAUUGUCAACCUUUAGCUGAAAAUGAAGUAAUGAAACAUGUUAUAUCAGCAGGUUUUGUUUAUGUUGCUGAAAGUUUAACUCUUGAUGAACUUCGUCAAUAUAUUAUUGAUAUUUGUGAUGAAGAAAAUUAUAUUCCGAAAAAAAAUUUAUCGUCAAAGUACAAUGCCACGCCCGAAAUUUAUAUAGUUGAAGAAUAUCAUAAUGAUGAUUCAUCUAUAUUAAAACAGAGAAUAGAUUGUUUAUUACGAAAAUCAUCGAUAAGUAAAUCUUUAAUUAGUUCACAAAUUUGGAUAAAACCAAUGGAUGGAUCAUCAUUAAUUUAUUCAUUAUUUAAUCAUUAUCAAUUGCCACAAAACCUCACUGUUCCUCGUACACUUUCCUAG